UUACAAUAUCAAGACGACUCACUCAAAACUUAUAGAGAUGAUGUCGGCAGAAAUACUCCGUAGAAAUCCUCAAGACGAUUUCGAACUGAUUCAGAGAGUGGGGAGUGGCACAUAUGGCGACGUAUAUAAAGCAAAAGAUAUAAGCACUGGCGAAUUAGCUGCCAUAAAAGUUAUUAAACUUGAGCCAGGUGAUGAUUUCGCAGUGAUUCAGCAAGAGAUAAUAAUGAUGAAAGACUGUAAGAAUGCUAAUAUUGUUGCUUAUUAUGGCAGUUAUUUGAGAAGAGAUAAAUUAUGGAUUGCAAUGGAAUAUUGUGGUGGAGGAUCUAUGCAAGAUAUUUAUCAUAUUACUGGGCCAUUGGGGGAGCCUCAGAUAGCAUUCUUGUGUCGAGAAACAUUAAAGGGACUUUUAUAUUUACAUAGAAAGGGUAAAAUGCAUAGAGAUAUAAAGGGCGCCAAUAUUUUGUUGACAAAUGAAGGUGAUGUCAAGUUAGCUGAUUUUGGAGUGUCAGCACAAAUCACAGCCACAAUGUGUAAACGAAAGUCUUUCAUAGGAACACCCUAUUGGAUGGCACCAGAAGUUGCUGCCGUGGAAAGGAAAGGAGGAUAUAAUCAACAGUGUGAUAUAUGGGCUGUGGGGAUUACAGCUAUUGAAUUUGCUGAAUUACAGCCACCAAUGUUUGAUCUUCAUCCCAUGAGAGCGUUAUUUCUUAUGUCUAAGAGUGGAUUCAAACCACCACAGCUCAAAGAUAAAAACAAAUGGUCCCCAGUGUUACAGCAUUUUGUGAAGCUGGCAUUAACAAAGAAUCCCAAAAAGAGACCUUCCGCAGAAAAACUGUUAGAGCAUCCACUUUUACAAGGUGAUUUAACCCGCAGGUUGACCAAAGAGUUAUUGGAUAAAUCCAGAAACCCAACUCAUCAAUAUGACUUGACCGAAACUGAUGAUGAAGGACUUCAAGAUGUGCCAAGAAGAAUACCGUCUGGUAAUUCUGGUAAACAGGCAGAAUCCGAGACAACAGAUGACAGUGUUGAUUUAUUAGAUGAUAAAAUUCCAGUAAAAUCUGCUAAGGGUGCUGCUGGCUAUGAAUUUGCUCAACCAUGGAAUUUCACAGAUUUUGAUCAAAAUGACCGCUACAACACCGCUAAAGCUUCACAAGAUGAUCUCUCUUUCAAAUCAACGCUUCAAGUUUUACCAACACCUCCUGCUCCAAAAUCAGAAAACUUUUACCAGCCGAUGGACGGCAGUGAAAAGCAUGAAGCAGAAACUAGUAAUGUUUAUGUGGAGACUGAUUUUAAUGCUGAUGACGAGGCUGAUCUGGAGCGAUUGAUUGAUAGAAUGUUAACCCUUGCACCUAACUUAACCAUACCAACUCAGUAUCCUAUUGAAGAAACCCCUCCUGAACUUCCACCAAAACUCCAACAAAAUGGUAGCGUCAAACCAUUAGAUAAUGCGGUGUCGCCAGUAGAGGAACCUCCAGAAUUACCGCCUAGGCGAAGAGUAAAAAAGGAAAAGGAUGCGACAGUACCUAGACCUGUUAGUAACGGGCUUCCACCAACACCAAAAGUUCAUAUGGGUGCAUGUUUCUCCAAGGUAUUUAAUGGGUGUCCGCUACAAAUAAACUGUACGGCUAGUUGGGUUCACCCAGAGACGAGAGAUCAGCGCAUUUUGAUAGGUGCCAAUGAAGGACUGUAUACUUUGAACUUAAAUGAAAUUCAUGAGUCUUCUUUAGAAUUGUUACAUGCCAGAAAGUGCACAUGGUUGUAUGUGAUAAAAGACAUUUUGAUGUCAGUCUCGGGUAAAACAACUCAUUUAUAUCGGCACGAUCUGAUGAUGCUGCACACUAGGCAAUCAACACGAUACGGUUUUUCACUUCCAAAUGCGAUGAACAAAAUUCCAGAAAAACUUGUUCCUAGGAAACUUCAACUCACCACAAAAGUUCCUGACACAAGAGGAUGUAUGCAGUGCUGUGUGGGAAGGAAUCCGUAUAAUGGCUAUCGAUAUUUGUGUGGUUCGAUGAUAAAUGGCAUCAUUUUAAUGCAAUGGUAUGAGCCACUUAACAAAUUUAUGUUAUUAAAAACUUUUGAAAUUGAGUGUAUACCCCCUCAAUUGAAUGUUUUCGAAAUGUUCAUUAGUCCAGAGCUUGAAUAUCCUAUGGUUUGUGUUGGUGUUCGUAAAGGAAAUGAUAGAAAUCAUGUGAAGUUUGACAUUAUCAAUUUGAAUUCUACCUCAAAUUGGUUCACUGAUAUUGAUUCAUUUUCUGGUGAUCUGCUACCGGUUGUUAAUGUUACGCAGGUAGAAAAAGAUACGGUUGUUAUUUGUUACGAUAAAUUUGUCAAAGUUGUAAAUAUGUGUGGAAAGAUGAAAUCAAGCCGACGUCAACAAGCUGAAUUGCACGUAGAUUUUCCUGUGGAAUCCUUAGUUUGUCUACCAGAUAGUGUCUUAGCCUUUCAUAAACAUGGCAUGCAAGGACGUAGUUUCAAAGCAAAUGAAGUGACUCAAGAAAUAUGUGAUAAAUCUAGGGUAUUUCGUUUAUUAGGGUCUGAUCGUGUGAUUGUUUUGGAAUCUCGUCCAAUCAACGAACCUACAGCCACUUCCAGUCUUUAUGUUUUAGCUGGACAUGAAAAUACUUAUUAACUGUUUCCAUGCUAACCUUGUGUUCAUGCCCAAAAAUAUAAAUUUUAUAAUUGUAUUGUUCCACAUUCUUAAGUCAAUUAAUUUAUAAAUUGUUGGUGUAUACUGUACCAGGUACACUCCUGUUUUGGUACAUUGUUUUUUGGGACUUUUUUGUAUAAAAUAUCAUUUCUUAAAAGAAUCAACUCUACUUAUUUGCCAUUAUAGAAUUUUUAUUAAUACUAAAUACAAGUUCAUUACAGUGGUUGAGAUUCUUCCAAAAUGUACCCUUUUUUCCUAAAUGUUUUUUUACUUGUACCCUUUCAUCGAGUUCGUAAAUGUACAUGUAACUAUUGUAAGGGGUUUUUUUUUGCAUUUUCUUCUUGUAUGGUUCAGAGAGAAAAGGUAAAAAAAAAAAAGGAUGUUGAUAGGAAGAAAAUAAAGGCCAUUGGAUGUUCCACAUUGGUUAAACAGUCUAGAAAUGUAACUGGCUUCAUAAUCUAGUCAUCAUUUAAAUGUACCUCUUUUUCCUGGAUAAAUAAUCGCAUACCCCUGGACUUUUAGAAAAACAAAAUGUACAUGUAUAGUCCAACUGCUUAGGAAAGAAUACUACAAACUAUAUGAAUAGACUUUAAAUCUUUUUGAUCUUUAUAAAUAUAUACAUGUAGGUCUAUAUAUUGUAUAAAGAAGAUUCUUAGUUGAGUCCCUCACAAUGGUUAGACUUCUGUUAUGUAAAGAUGCAUGUAUGACUUUGAAACAGAAAUGUUACUUAUAAAUGUAAUAGCUUCAGCAACAGUUCAAGUUCCUGGUUGAGAUGCUACUUUCGUUGGCUUUUAAAGGUCCUUUCUUCAUGUAAACUUAAACAUGUUAAAGAGAUCGAUGCAUGUUACUAUUGAGAGUAUACAUACAAUACCUGCCCUUUCUGACAGGUAAGGUAAGAAUCUUUAAUAGGGGAGAGUUUGGAGUACACCAGUUGACAUGUCCAUAAAACAUAAACAAAAUAAAUUAGGGCCUACCUAAAAAAAAAAUUGGUUUUGUGUGGCUAUUAAUGAUUCUUCUAUUUUUCCUGACCAAUUUUUUGAAAAAGGUUGCAUUUCAUUUAAUUUGUUGUUUUUUUCUAAUUACAUCAUUCCAAAGACCAUAGCAAGGUAUAUGUUUACUACAUGUAGAGUGAGGUCAGCUGGUAUUUAAUUGGUCAACUGGAAACUUGCUCAAAUGAUGAUUGGCCAACUGAACAUCAGCUUGCACGUAUUGAUGAAAAUAUGACAUGGGAUUGUUUUGUGAAAGGAUGACCAGCCCCAUUUGGCAUAUAAAUUAUUAAUAUUUUUUGGUAUUUCGUAAUUCUAUAUGUUCCAAAAUUUCAGUCUAACUUUUAGGAAGUAUAGAUUAGACAAGUAAUAUUCUGGAAAUGCGUAUGAAUAGAGGUGUAGAUUAGGAUUUUUUUUGCAGAUCAACGUUUGUGGGAAAAUAGAACCAUCAUUCAUUGGCAAUCAACAAUAAUGUUAAAGGUUAUUUGAUCCUGUUUGUUUUUUUCUGCUUUAUUCUAAUAAGAUGUUCUUAUUAAAAAUGUCGCAAAGACAUGUAUUUCUAGUAUUUAUAGUGGCAAGCACUUGUGGUAAAGGACGUAAAAUGUGAUUUAUACAUGUAUGUGGUAAUAAAAUAAAAUUUUUUUUUAUCUAUUCUAAAUAUUGUUUUACAUUUUUAAAUAAAAGGUAAUACAAUAGAUGUAUUUUUAAAAAAUAAAUAUAUGCCUAUAAUAAUGUAUAUCAAAGUCACUCAUGCGAUAAUUGUACUGUACAGUUAGAUAAAGCUUGGUUGUAUGUAAAUGAUGUGUUGUUGUAUGAUCAAAUUACUGUAAACUAUAACCGGGAUGUAAUACCAGUAAUAGAAACCGCAUGAUUUACUACUAUAUGUAAAUUAAAUAUAUUCUAGUUUGUUGACUAUAGCUGUAACUGAGAUGAUUUUCUAUUGUGUUUCAUGACAUUGCAUAUAUCGGUACUUACAUGUGUACCUGAUAAAAAGAGCAUAGUGUAUCCGGGUUGGUGUGGUACUUAACCUUUUUAGUUACAAAAUAAGCAAGCGGGGCAAGUAAAAAAGUAGGGCUGCAUAAUAUACAGUACUCAGUAGGCCUAAUCAUGGCAAAAAAUAGAAAAUAAUAUAUAAAUAUCAAUUACAAGACCAAAUCAAAGGUUUAUACUAACAAUAAAGAAAAUGACUUUAGAAAAUAAAGCAGUGAGGAAUAAUGAACUCAUGGCUGUUAUAAAACAAAAAUAAGGCAUCGUAUCAAAACAGGGAACCAAUUAAUAGAUGAUAAUGCAGUUUGACUAAAAUCUUGUAUUUAGUGAACCAAACCAAAUCAAGUCAAACCAAAUUAAGUUAAAUUGUGACAGCCACGGAUAAGUCAAUAUGCUCAUAAAGAGAACAAACUGAUACAUUACAGAUUCAUACAACUACAAAAUAUUUAUAAUACAUUUACAUCACAUAUAUUUAGUAGAUGUUCAUACAACAUAUUUUCAGUAUUUAUGCUUCAAACUGAGGUAUUUCAAACCUGUAAUUAAUGUCAAAUAAAAUCAUCUUACCAAAAUAUAUAUUUCAAUAUCCAGACAGUACUGUAUUAAUUCAUGCAAUUAUAAUAAAUCUCUUCAUUUAGACUCACUUGUAAGCAAAAUUAUACUUAGUUUUCCUAGGUUAAUAUUACUAAUAAUUGUCAUGUAUAUAUGUUCAUGUUUAUUAUGUAAAUAUGUAUGUAGUUUUAAUAUAUAGAGAUAAACCUCUUUCAUUACUCUUGUUAAAGAUAUCUUAAUGGUGAAUAUUGAAAUGUUCACCAUAUUCAGAGUUAACAAUAUCUCUCAUCUAGUCUAUUUAUGCAUAUUGUAAAUAUGUUUUUGAAAUUUUAUUUAUGUCAUUUAUAUAAUUGGCAUUGAGUUUAUUAUUGUUUUUAAUGCUGAUGUUGAUCUCUCUGUUAGUUCACAUUGGCUUGGUGUGUAGUUUAUUGGGUUGAGUUUAUUUGAUGGUCUUAAGUUACCCCUUUCUAACUUUCUGGAUAUUUUAGAUCAAAAUUAUGCAAUUUUUCAUGGCCCAUUUCUAAUAAGGUACCGGUUACAGUUUAAAUCCAUAUUCAAGAUAACCUAACUUUGCCAUUUGUGAAAUCAAUUUUCAAUAGACUGGAAGAAUUAUGGUUUUCAAACUGUCGGAAUCGAGAUUUUAUAGAUUCAGAAUUAACAAGAAUAGAUAAAUAAGUUGAAAACUGUGCCACCAAGGUCUUUUAAUUGUUCUGGACAAUCUAAUCAAGCAGGCAUCAUAAUCCAUUUCAUAUUUUCAGUUGUGAAACUGCCAAAAUACAACGUAACAUUUAUUUUUGGCUGUGUAUUUAAAACUUUUUACAUAACAAUUUAUGAUACGAUCAAUACGAUCACAUUGAAAUGUGGUUGUAUAUUGUCGUCAUCCCUGUCUGUUGUCCACAAGAUGUGGAAGUUAAUGUCCAUAAGUUGCUAAUGUUGUCAUUUAAUUGACCUAAUACACAGUGUUCAUGACAUGAAGAUUAGGGUGACCACCUUUGCUUGAUCAUAUUGCGGGACAUUUCAGAAUAAUAAUGUUGCUCAAAACCGCACGUAAACUUACGGAUCAUGUUGCAUGUGCAGAAUGUUUGAGAAACAGAAUUAUAAAUUGUAGAUUAAGUUUAGGUCUAAAAAUAGUUGUACAAAUCUUUGGAAAAAAGUAAUGUAAUACCCAAAUAGACUAUCGUCGUGAGAUUAGAUUCAGGCAUAUUAUUACUGUAUAGAAAUCCUGCAUGUUAGCAAUUGCUGGACAUUUUGGCUGGUUUUCGGGACACAGGACUUGGAAGUAUUUUGCAGGACUGUCCCGCAAAAUGCGGGACGGAUGGUCACUCUAAUGAAAAUGCAUAUUGAUUUUUAACAAUUCUUAAUAAUUCCUGUCAGAUAUAUCACCCUUGAUCAAUUUAAAAAAUCUUUUUUUGUGGACAUUUUAGAGACUGAAAUUAUUACCAGAUUGACUUUGAAUAUAUACAAAAUGUUUUGUGAACGAUUUUUGAUAGUUAUAGCCCUUGAAAAAUCUUGUGGACGCUCUAAAGGGUAACCUAAUCAUCGGAUCAACUUGAAAUUUAUUUGGUGUUAAAUUCAUGAGAUGAAGCCCCUAUUGAUUUGAUUUCCGAUCUGUUACCGCACUUGAGAAACUUGGAAGUUUAUGCAGUUUCUAUGUUCAUGAGUGGAGAAAGUCUAUUGAUUUUUUGACAAUUUCUGAUGACUUGAACAAUUCGAAUACCUACAAAAGAAUAGCUAUGACAACAUUUGUGGACUGCUUGGAUGACUUAGCUGCUGUGUGCAUAUGUUCAUUUCUUGGCAAUCUAUGCUUAACUAUAUAAAGUUAUGUUAAUUUUGGGGAUACAACUUCAGCAAUAUUUUCUCUCAGGUUUUUGAAGUAAGGAACAAAUAAAUCAAAAUUUGUAUGGCAACACUGAUUGACAAUUCCAAUAUAUAACAUUUGUUGGACAUAUUACUGUGAGAAAGUUUUGAUGGAGAAAUUAGUGCUAAGUGUAACUUGUAAUAAUUGGGCUAUUGUAGUGGUGAUGAAAAAAAUUAAUUUUGCUGAGUAUUGUAGUAAUAGUAAUUUAUAUAAUCUUGGCACUUUUAUGGUAGGCCUAGUACUAGUAUUUAAUUUUAACUACUAAAUUAUAUCCAAUAUAUUUUAUCUUAUUUUAUUCAGCAUUAUAUUUUCUUGAUUUAUAAGUUCACUAUAAUUUUAAUUAAAUAAUUUACUUUGUAAAAUUCUCUUGCACCUUAAAAGGUGUGCUGUAUUGAUAGUAAUAUUAUAGUCUAUUCCUUGUUCGGAUUUAAUCAUAAGCACAGUAUGAAAUCAAGUCUUGGUGUUCUUCGCUAGAGAGCAAAUCUUCUGCCUUCAUUUGCAUUAGAGACAGAAUUCUAAACUCGGAUUGUGGUUAAAUCUGCAAAAACUUUAUUACUGUCUUCAGGACCUAAAACACCAAAGUUAGAUUCAUUCUGUAUAAUGAAAUAUAACAAAAAUAUAAUCAGUGUACAUAUAUUUUUAAUUCUAUUAUAAUGAUUACAAUAACAUGAUAUUAAACAUUAUGUUGAUUGAACAAUAAUCUUUAUGUUGUUUUUUUUACUGUAUUUACAGUAUCUUAAAGGAGCUGAACCUCUUUGAUUUAGGUUGAAUUGGGUUGGGUUGAUGGGUGUUAUUUCAAUUAGUGAUAGUGGAAGUACUGUGUUAUACAUUUAAAAAAAUUUUUUGGCUUAUUUACUGAAUUUAUUUUAAUUUUAGCACACAAAAUUGCUUUAUAUC